UUGGCCCUGCUUUUCCAUAUUGGUUCAAUUUGGAAUACGAAUAAUGUAAAUAUUGACCGAUAGCACCGGUUUUAAUGGUUUAAAAAGAGUUUCCGCAUAUGUAGAAAGUAAUUACAUUUGCUAAGAAUUUAAAUCUACGCGGCGAUUUUACGAUGGUACUUUCGCCAAAAAAAUAACACUUAGGCAUGAGGUGUACAAAUUGUAACAGUAGGAAUUAGUUUUAAUAGUUUGUUAUACGCAAAAACUUAGAAAUGUCAAGACAUCCCGUCGAAGUUUCUUGUAAAGCGUUUACUAAACUGCAACUACAUGCUGCAAAGUACCCGCAUUGCGCAAUUAACGGGUUACUCGUGGCUUGCAAGCAAACGUUAAAAGAAAGUAAAGCCAUUGAAAUUGUAGACGCUAUACCGCUAUUCCAUCAAUGUAUUGAGUUGACUCCUAUGCUAGAAAUAGCUCUCACCCAUGUGGACGCUCAUUGCCACGCUAAUGACCUUUUUGUUGCUGGUUAUUACGAAGCACCACAGCAUCUCCCUUCGUCAAUAGAACCUUCAAUAUUUGGUUCAAAAAUCGCCGACAAAAUACACGGAAAUCUGGAAUCUGUUUUAAGCGGGGAAAAAGGAAAAUCCCUGGCCCACCUUGUCGUCAUUGACAACAAAAGAAUUACGAAAACCGACUCUGUGAACUUUUUCGAAAAAGCUAACGAAGGAAAAUGGAAACGGUGUAGCCAGAAGGACAUUACUUUCCAAGAAAAUUGUGAACCUGUACUCAUGCACCUCUUAAAUCGUAAAGUAGCCCGUGAUAUAGUUGAUUUUGAUAACCAUUUGGAUGACAUUUCAGCACACUGGCUAAACCACGCAGUAAACCAGUUAAUUGCAAUGGAAUGACCACUAAUUUAAUCUACCCUAUAGCAUGCAGUGCCACUGAAAUUUACAAGUGGACGUUCAUGCUGAAAUUAAAAAGUGUCAAAAUGGACCACUAAAUCAUGGUAUAGAGUGCAAUGAUAUAUGGCUAUAUCCCUCAAUAGUAAAACUCAUAUUCUAUUUUAACCCAGCCGCAAUAGGAUACAUAUACAAAAGAAGCUACAUAAAUUGUCUUUCCUAUAACCCUUUGAAAUAACAACAAUUAUUAUAGAUUUAAUUCCUGCAUAAAACAAACAAUACUUCUACUGUAUUGCUCCAAAGGACAAAAUGCUUCACUUUUGUUACUUCACAAUCUUAUUGUAUUGUUUCAAUAGAGUAAUUUAGUUUGAUGUUGUUUUCCGUUGCGUUUGUAUUUCUGAUAGUUUCAAGAUAUUUAAAUACAAAUUAAAUAAAUGUUUUAAAUAAAAUGAACAUCUCUAA